AUGUCCAAAGUCAGACCAUUCAAACAACGAGAUUUUACUGGUUGGCAAGAGUCUCUGGAUCCUGAAGAACUUACCCUUUUAUCUUUAUUAAGUUUCCGUCGAAAAAAGUGGGAUUUUUCCUUUAGCCCUUGUGAAGAGCAUUUCGCAAUCACGAAGUUUCUAGAGAGUAUACCCGAAAUCGUUACUGAUAAGAGAUGGAUUCUUGCUGCUGAAAGAAUUAAAUAUGAAGCACAAACAGAGGAAUUGAAAGCAUUUUGGAUACAAGUCAACAUUGAAAAAAUCGAGACAGAGAAGAAGCUGAAGGAGUAUGAGAUAGAACUGAGAAAAGCCGAGUUUGCUGCCAGUUUUUUCAAAAUGGGUAAUGAGGCACAUAAAAUCCAGGACAAAGUGCGAAUAGAUUAUGUAUUGAAUUCACAUGCCAACACUAGCCAAGGGAAGGACCAUGAGUCUGAUAAGGUUUCUGGCAAAAAGCGUUUUGCUAGUUUUGAUGAUAAUCCUUUUGUUACUCCUACUCCUAAGUAUGUCUACUCUACAAAGCGCAAACGUGAAGAGGCAUUGAACACUGGGACCCAGGAAGGCAGUGAUAAUGAAAUUAUUGCUUCAGAUUCUGUGUUUGAUGAUUCUUUCUCCCUGAAAGAUUCAGAAUGGAAGCUAAAAAAUGGUGAAUUGGUGACAGCAGUUCUUGCAAGGCUUGGUUUAUCCAGUAUUGUUGAUCUCACAUCUGAAUUUACCAAUGGCAUGUGGACAUUCUUUGGUGAAGAUUGGGAUAUUUUGAAAGCCAAGGUCUAUAAUCAGCUCAACAUCACACCAUUGAAAUUUGAAGGCAUCAUUCAUAAAAGUGUGAAAACCAUAGAAGAGAUGUGCAAUAGCUGUAAGUAUUGGGAGGCACGAGAGUUCAUCUUAGAUGAAAUGAAGAAUCAGGAAAGUGGCACCAAGUAUCAACAAAUUCUCAAAAUAUACUUCAUUAUCCUGGAUAUGUUUUUGAAGAAUCCACAUGUGUUUAUUUGUGAAAAUGGUCAAAUGGAAAAGCUUACAGAAAUGGAAUAUGUCUUGAGAAUGAUAGCACCUAUCCUAGAUAUUGUAUUUUCUGAUGUUACACACAUUGUUUGUCUCCGUUGGGGUGAGACAAUGUUCAAAACUGCAUCUGCACGCCGCAUAAUUGACUUAAGGGUUGUGUGCCAUGGCCAAAAUUUGGAGUUGAGUCACUCAGAGUGUGCUCGAGCUACAACUCCCAGUAAGGCUGUUAGGGAUCGUAGUAAGUGCCUUCGCACAAAUCAAUGCAUUCUCAAUGAGUUUUUGAGGCAAGAUAUAUCAGAGGAUGAUGCUGAGAACUCUGUGGUUUUUGGAUUGCAGUUUGCUGCCCUGUGUGGCCAACUCAUUGGUGUUGAGUUGGUUGAUGAUGGGCUAUACUUUGGUAUUGAAGGGGAUUCCUUUCUUUUCCCAUCCCAACUGACUCAGAUGAAGCUGUUGCGACAUGCACUGGAGGUUAUUUACUUCUUCAAGGAUAACAUCCUACACAAGGCAGAGGCACUUGCUAAAGAUAAUCAUCCAUAUAAGAAAAUAUUCAAUUCUAGAAAGCCAAAACCAAAACAUCAGAAACUGACAUUCAUCCGAUCUCCAGAUUUCACUCCACGGCAGAAUAAAAA